AUGUCCGAUUACUACUCUCGAGAUCUCCGUGACCCUCGGAGUCACACGGGUAACCAACGAGAUGCUGCCUUCUCCGACAUUUUUGGCUCCGCUCCUCCCCCGGGCCGCUCGCAGACCAUGACUUCGUCGUCCAUGCCGCCCCCUCCGAUGCCUCCCAUGCCGCAACAGGGUCAAGGGAGGACCCAGACCAUGUCGUCCUCGUCCGCCAUGCCACCACCCAUGCAAAGGCAACCGCCGCCACGGCUCCCCCCUCAACCGCAUAUGGAUCGAGAAUCCUUAUCGCCCAGGCUCCGGCCUAUGAUGGAUGGCGGGGCACCGAUCGCGUAUCCCGGCCAGCGGUCUAUAUCGGGAGGAUAUCAAGUGCCGUCUCCUCAGGCCCAAUAUCUUCAGCAGCAACAGCAGCGCCGUGCCUACGGCCCAGCCCCUCCCCGGCCAGACUCCCGGGGCGCGCCACCGCAAGCUGCCGGGGCCCGAAGCCCAGCUCAACGUUUCCACCAAGGAGGACCGGGUCCGGCUAUGGUGAACGACCCCUAUCGGUCUCAGUCUCUCGCCUCGGUUCCAAGGCCGCAUCACUAUCAACCCCCUCCGAGUACGUAUCAGCAGUACCAGCAGCCACCGUCAGCGUCAGCGUACGGCAACGUCCCGAGGCAACAGCCUCCCUACGGUCCCGGUCCCCAUAGCUCGGCACGCACCACAGCGCAAGGGCGAGUUGUUCCCGAACGUCACGAUGACCGAUCCAUGUCCAUGACGGGCCACUACCCACCUGCCCGAGAGAACUCGCACCCUCAUCAACAAAACACCUACCAGACCAUGAGCGGACGGGUCAUUCCCAACAGGAGAGUCCCAGCCGAACUUCCAGCUGGCUAUAAUGUCGGCGGCGGCUCCAAUGGCUAUGCGAGUGGAGGGUACCCGACACCGAUGCCCGGCUCACAGACGAGAACGACCAGCAUGGCCUCGUCGACCGGAGACGGCCAGCGGUCCAUGUCCAUGGCGUCGACGGUGACCGUCUCCACACCGACUAUGGAUUCGGACGUCACCACAGUGGCAAACAGGUCUUCCAUCAGCAAGUCGGCCAAAUCCAUCGAGAGCGAACGUCCCCAGACCGCCAAAAUACGUUCCCCCCUGGUAUAUCCUGCAAUGCUCUCACGAGUAGCCGAGUGUUUCAGGCACAAGAUCAUUACCGGAGACCGGACGAAGAACGAGCUGACGUACAAAAACGCCUUCAGCGGAGCAGAGGCCGUGGACGUCCUGUCGUACAUCAUUCGGACUACGGACAGGAAUCUCGCCCUCCUCCUCGGCCGCGCCCUGGAUGCGCAAAAGUUCUUCCACGACGUCACGUACGAACACCGUCUGCGAGACUCGACGUCGGAGAUGUACCAAUUUCGCGAGACCCUAACAGAUCAACCGGAGGAGAAGCCGGCUGUGAAUGGCGUCUUUGUGCUCUUGUCGGAGUGUUACUCGCCGACAUGCACACGCGACAACCUUUGUUACUCGAUCGCAUGCCCCCGGCGUCUGGAGCAAGUUUCUCGGCUGAAUCUGAAGAUGGGACCUGGUCUGAAGAAGGAGGACAGCGCCGUGGUGAACGAGGACGAUGCCGACCAGACGGACGAGCAGAAGCUCUGGAUUAAUUCGGUGCCCCGCGAGAUUGCAGACAAGGUGGACGACAUGGAAAAGAAGAGACAAGAAGUCAUCUCGGAGAUCUGCUACACCGAGAGAGACUUCGUCAAGGACCUGGAGUAUCUGCGCGACUUUUGGAUUAUCCCACUGCGAUCCAAGGGUUCCCCCAUUCCCGCCAACCGACGCGAGAAGGUUGUCAAGGCCAUCUUCAGCAACAUUAUCGACCAUCCCAGCCUGCAUCUCGUAAGUUCACGAUUCGCAAGGGCUUUGACCGAACGGCAGCAGAAAGACCCCGUGGUCGGCAAUGUAGGCGACAUCUUCCUCGAAUUCGCCCCUCAGUUCGAGCCAUUCAUCUGGUACGGCUCUAAGCAGCUGGAGGCCAAGCACCAGUUCGAAAACGAGAAGGCGAUCAAUCCUUACUUUGCCAAGUUUGUGGACGAAAUCGAGAGGCGGAAAGAGUCAAGAAAGCUGGAGCUGAACGGAUACCUCACCAAGCCAACGACGCGGUUGGCGCGCUACCCGCUCCUACUCGAAGCCGUGCUCAAGCAUACCGAGGAGAAGAACGCCGAUAAGGAAGACAUCCCCAAGGUGCUCAUCACGAUUCGCGACCUUCUCGGCAGGGUGAACCGCGAAUCCGGCAAGGCCGAGAACAGGUUCUACCUCAGGAGGCUUCAGGAGCAGCUGCGGUUCCGACCUAACGAGAAGGUCGACCUCAAACUCACGGAGGACGGGCGUGAGAUCAUCUUCAAGAGCCAGCUGAAGAAGACGCCGCAUGACUCGUCUUCCACCAACGAGAUCACCUCCUAUCUGUUCGACCACGCUGUUCUCCUCGUCAGAGUGAAGCAGGCUGGGAAGGCCGAGGAGGUGAAGGCGUACCGAAGACCUAUUCCACUCGAACUAUUAUCCAUCAAGGAGAUGGACGAAGUCAUUCCCCAGAACGGAGCCAAGAGAUCGUCGUCGGGCCUGUUGCCUUUGAACAAUGUAAAGGAGAGCAAGAAGAGCGACGGCUGGCCCAUUACGUUCCGUCACUUGGGCAAAGCCGGCUACGAACUGACACUCUACGCAGCCAACCAAGCCGGAAGGGAAAAGUGGCUGCAGUUCAUUGACGAUGCGCAGAAGCGGUUGCGAGCGCGAGCCGACUUCUUCAACACGACGGUCAUUUCGUCUGGGCACUUCGCGGGCGCGAACCAGAUCAACUGUGUCACCCCCUGCGACGGAGGACGCAAGCUCAUCUACGGCACGGACACGGGCAUCUUCGUUUCAGACCGGAAGAACAAGGACGCGUCGCCGAAACGGGUCAUCGAGACGACACAGGUGCAACAGGUGGACGUGCUAGAGGAAUACGGGCUGCUGCUGGUGCUGUCCAACAAGGCGGUGUACUCGUACCCGUUGUCGGCCCUGGACCCCAACGAGCCGGCGCUGUCGAAACGGCCCAAGAAGAUCCAGAGCCACUGCAACUUCUUCAAGACGGGCAUCUGCCUCGGCAGGCACUUGGUCUGCUGCGUCAAGUCGUCGGCGCUGUCGACGACCAUCAAGGUGUACGAACCGACGGAUGCUUUCUCCAAGGGAAAGAAGCAGAAGGGGUUCGGCAAGAUGUUCUCGGGGCAGGAUGAGCUCAAGCCGUUCAAGGAGUUCUACAUCCCGACCGAGUCGUCGUCGGUGCAUUUCCUUAAGAGCAAGUUGUGCGUGGCGUGCGCGCGCGGGUUCGAGGUGGUGUCUCUGGAGACGCUGGAGACGCAGUCGCUGCUCGACCAGGCCGACACGAGCCUCGACUUUGUCGCGCGCAAGGAGACGGUCAAGCCGAUCCACAUCGAGCGGCUGAACGGCGAGUUCCUGCUCAACUACUCCGAGUUCUCCUUCUUUGUUAACCGCAAUGGAUGGCGAGCGCGGCCCGAGUGGCGGAUCGACUGGGAAGGCACGCCUCACAGCUUUGCGCUUAGUUACCCCUGGAUCUUGGCGUUUGAACCCAACUUUAUCGAGCUCAGGCACAUUGAGAACGGCGCUGUACAUAUUGUGCCGCAUAAGAACAUUCGGAUGCUCCACAGCAGCACACACGAGAUUCUCUUCGCAUACGAGGACGAGAAGGGAGGUGACACGGUGGAGGCAUUGGAUUUCUGGAAGAGCACAAGGCGGGCAUCAGAGCUUCCCCCGCCUCCGGGGGCGAUAUGA